AUGGCUGCUCCGAAAGUUGCUACUGUUAAAUCUGUCCUUUCUGGCAAUACUUUAUCCCUUCGUGGUAGGCCAUCAAAUAACCAGCCACCACCUGAAAGAAUCUUGAGCUUGGCUUAUAUUCAAGCUCCUAGACUUGGUAAUCAAAAUAAAGAGGAUGAGCCAUUUGCAUUUGAAUCUCGCGAGUACCUUCGCCAACUCGUUGUAGGUAAAGAAGUUACAUUUCGUAUUGAUUAUAGCACUCCAGAUAAUAGAGAAUUUGGAAGUGCGUUUUUGGGUGAAGAUAAUAUUACUCACUUGAUCGUGCAAGAGGGAUGGGCAAAAGUUCGUGAGGAUAGUCGUAAAAAUAAAGAUGAAAGCAGAGGUAACGAGAUCGAGAAACUCUUAAAGUUGGAACAAGAUGCUCAAUCUGCUGAAAAAGGCAUAUGGAAAAAUAGUGAGCCUUACUUUCGUAAUGUCAAUUAUACUUUAUCUGAGAACCCUCGUGAAUAUCUUAACAGAUAUAAGGGUUGUCCGGUUGAUGGGAUUAUUGAACAAGUACGUGAUGGAUCAAGUCUUCGAGUUCUUUGUAUGCCACCAUCACCAGCUCCACAACAAUAUCUCAACAUCAAUAUAUCGGGUAUAAAAGCACCUAUUGUUAGAAAAGAUGGUACUGAUGUUGAGCCACUUGUAGAACCAUAUGGCGAAGAAGCGAAAUUUUUUGUAGAAUCCAGAUUACUACAAAGAAGCGUAAAGGUAAUAUUGGAAGGCCUCUCCAAUAACAAUCAAACUUUUGUUGCCACUAUUAUACACCCGGCUGGCAAUAUUGCUGAAGCUUUAGUUUCAGUUGGUUUGGCAAAAGUUGUUGAUUGGAGUAUUGCAUUUGUGACAGAUGGACCCACUAAAUUAAGAGCAGCCGAAAAUGUCGCCAAAGAAAAACAUUUGCGUAUAUGGCGUGAUCAUGUAGCUAAAGUGAAAGCAGUUGGUGAUGAUUAUCAAUUUGAAGGAACAGUGACUCGUGUAAUUUCUGGCGAUACAAUCUUUGUAAGGAAUAAUCGUACUGGUGUUGAAAAAAAACUACAGUUAUCUAGCAUAAAACAACCAAAACCAAAAGAUACUAAAUUUCCAGAAUAUAAUUUUGAAGCAAAGGAAUUUUUACGAAAAAAAUUAAUUGGAAAAACUGUUCGUGUUAACGUUGAUUAUCAAAAACCUGCUGUCGAUAAUUUUGAGUCUAGGGAAUGUGCUACAAUAAAACUUGGAGAUUUCAAUCCAGCCGAAGCUUUACUAGAACAAGGUUUGGCUCAUAUAAUUUUUCAUAAGAGAGAUGAUCAAGAUCGUUCUAGCUGCUAUGAUCAGCUCUUAAUUGCAGAAAAAAAGGCUCAAGCUAACACUAAAGGUAUACACAGUAAUAAAGAUCCACCAGUAUAUAGAAUUGUUGAUGCUUCAGAGACUUUACCAAGGGCUCGACAAUUUCUUCACUCGUUACAACGUUCAGGUCGAGUACCUGGUGUUGUAGAGUUUGUUUAUAGUUGUUCAAGAUUUAAAAUAUACAUACCAAAAGAAAGUAUUAAAAUAACCUUUAUGCUUAGUGGUAUACGUGGACCUAGGAUCGGACACAUCAGUAACGAUCAUAAAUCAGAUCCAUUUGCACAAGAAGCGCUUGAUUUUGCAACAAAAAAGGUGUUACAAAGAGAUGUCGAGAUUGAUGUUGAGAAUAUAGAUAAAGUUGGUAGUUUCCUGGGCACAUUGUGGUUUAAUAAGAAUGACAACUUUUCCGUAAAUUUGUUAGAAGAAGGUUUAGCGACCGUUCAUGAAUACAGUGCAGACCAAAGUCGUCAUUCACAAUCACUUUAUAAUGCUGAAAAAAUUGCUAAACAAGCAAAAAAAAAUAUUUGGUCAUUACAAGCACCAGAGUUAACUAUUGAAAAGGAAAAUACUGCAGAAUCUGAAGUGAAAGGACCUCGUAAAGAGAUUAUCGAUGUGGUUGUUAGUGAAAUUAUCUCAGGAGGGCAUUUUUAUAUUCAAAUAGACAAUGAUAAUAUUCGUAGUUUAGAGAAAAUGAUGGAAAGUUUUUCAUUGUAUCAUAAAAAUGCACCUAAUACUCCAAUUCAACCCAAAAAUGGCGAGAUUGUCAGUGCUCAAUUCACUAAUGACAACCAAUGGUAUCGUGCAAAAAUAAGAAAACAACUUAAUGAAUCAAAAAGUGUCGAAGUUGUAUACAUUGAUUAUGGCAAUUCAGAAACACUUCCUUUGAGUAGGAUUCGAUCUAUACCUGAUGACUUCAAACAGUUAUCAGCACAGUCACAAGAAGCAGUACUUUCGUUUUUAACUGUACCAGAACGAGAGAAAGAUUACGGUAUCGAGGCGUGCGACAGAUUUCAUGAUUUAGUCGGUGAUAAAAAACUCGUUGCGAAUGUAGAUUAUCGAGAGAAUCAAUUAUUACAUCUUACAUUGUAUGAUCAACAGCCUAGUCAGCAAUCAGAUUCUUCUUACUCUAUAGAAACAUCAAUUAAUGCUGAGAUGGUUCGUGAUGGAUUUGCAUUUGUUAAUAAAAAAGUUAGGUAUGCUAGAAAUAAUGCUAGUUCAAUUAAAAAAUUGGAAGAGUUGUUAGAAGGCACCAAAAAAAAUAGGUUGGGUAUGUUUGAAUAUGGUGAUAUUACUG